AGGGCCCGUCAAGCCCGUCAAGCCCGUCAAUCAGGAGCUAUGGCUAUGGCGGCCAUGGCGGAAGCAGCGGCCGCGGCGAUGGAGGCCGAGAAAAGCGAGAAAGAAAGGGAUGGCGAGCUGGAGCUUGAUCUAACGCAGCGGGUCGAGAGCGCGGUCACUGCCCGCGCGACUUACAUCAAGGAGCACGCCGAGUCGCUCACGAUGGUUAGCUUCCGGCGCCUGCUGGAGGAGGAUCUAGGCAUGGAAACCACUGCGCUAGAUCCUCACAAGAAGAAGAUCAAGGAGCUAGUGGAUCACAUCAUGAAUGCUGAUGAUCCAGAAGUCACCGAAGCUGUAAUCAGAGAUGCUCUCGCUAAAAGGAGUUCUUAUCUCAAAACCGACUCACGGAACAUGAAGCUCGAACGAGUUAGACGUCUUUUGGAGGAAGAUUUGGGUCUACAAAAUUUUGCUCUUGACACAAAAAAGGAACUCGUAAAGUCUCUCCUUGACGAGGUUCUCAAUACUUCGGAUGUUACUAAAGAAGAAGAGCCUAGUGCUUCCGAAGUGGAAGCGCUGGAGACGGAGACAGGGACAGCCGCAGGAGUUAAGGAAGAGAAGAAAAGAAAGCUACAAAGCGCGGAAAAGUCGAGAAAGAAGAAAAGACUCGUUAAAAAGCUGGAGGAAACCGAUGAAUCUGAAAGGGAGGAUUCAGAGGAGGAUAAACCCCGCAAAAGAAAGUCAGGAAAGAAGAAAGCAAUUGUAAAGGAUUCCGAGGACGAGGACGAGGAUGAGCGAAAAUCAAGCAACCCAAAAUCGAGCAAGGAUGAAGUACACGCAAAGAAACCAGAGGAAACCGAGGCCGAGGAUACAAAGGAAUACAAUGCCGAUAGUGAUGAGAGUCCUGCGAAGAAGACGCCAAAGAAGAAGGCUGCGAAACCGCCGGAAUCAAAACCGGUUGUAAGUAAGGUCGUGGAGCAACUAAAGCAGAUGAUCAAGGCCUCUGGAAUAAAUAUCCCUCCUUCCGUUUACAAACGGGUGAAGCAAGUGCCAGAGUCAAAGCGGGAGAGUUCGCUGAUUAAAGAGCUCGAGAGCAUUUUGCAAAAGGAGGGAUUGAACAGGAACUCAUCGGAGAAAGAGCUCAAGGCCGUGAGAAAAAAGAAAGACAAGCAAAAGGACCUCGAAGGAAUUGAUGUAGGUAAUAUCAUCACAGAGGGGAGGGGGAGGAGGCAAGCAAACUUGUUUUACGAGCCACUCCCUUUUGCGAAGAAGAAGAGGAACAAGACCGUCCUCUCUGACGACGAGGAGAGCAGCAAGAGCGAAGAAGAGAAGAAGCAAGGCGGCGAGUAAGCAUCUGCGGCGUUCCCAUCGAUGAAUUCCAUAGCUCGUGCCAAAGAGUUUGAAGAGAUUUACUCGAUCAUGGAAGUUUGAUCCAAUCGAGACCUGUAUUAUAUCCACACAAGCGAAAGAAAAUCCGACCCUAGUGCCACUUAUUUGGAAGUAAAA